AUGAAUGAUCCCAUAAUGGACACCAACUACGACGUGAUCAUUGUCGGUGCCGGUCUCUCAGGAAUCAAUGCUGCGUAUCGCCUGCAAUCUCAAUUUCCCGAUCUUCGCUAUGCAAUUCUGGAAGCUCGUGAGAAUCUAGGCGGUACUUGGGAUUUCUUCAAAUAUCCUGGUAUCCGAUCAGACUCUCCUCUCCUUACCUAUGGCUACUCUUGGCACCACUGGAAUAAAGAUCAUCUUCUCGGCGAGGGCUCGGAGAUUCUACAGUAUAUGGACGAUGCGGCCACGGAGCACAACAUCAAAGAAAAAAUCUUAUUCAAGCAUCGUCUCUUUGGCGCAGAGUGGUCUUCACUAAACCAGUCCUGGUCUCUGAAUGUCCAUCGAGACGGAGGAACAAAAACCUUCUCAGCCCGCUUCUUAGUCCUGGGAACAGGUUACUACAACUAUGAACAAGCCCUGGAAGCAAAUAUCCCCGGAAUAGAAAAGUUCCAAGGCCAAGUCAUCCACCCACAAUUCUGGCCUGAGAGUCUCGACUACGCAAACAAGAAAAUCGUCGUGAUCGGUAGCGGCGCUACAGCUAUAACGCUCAUUCCCAAACUUGCCGCAAAAGCAGAAGUGACAAUGCUCCAGCGCAGUCCUUCAUACGUUAUGUCUAUUCAAAACAAAGCCAAGAAAACCUGGCUUCACUACAUUCUACCUGAUUCCAUGCGAUACAAGUUCGAGCGUAUGCGAUCUUUGUUUAUAACCCGUCUAUUCGUCCUUCUUUGUCGCGCUUAUCCCGAUUUCUCGAUAUGGCUCAUCAAGAAAGGUGUUACAAAACUUCUCCCUGAAAAUAUCCCCUAUGAUCCGCAUUUCAAGCCUAGCUAUAUUCCAUGGGAACAACGUUUCUGUGUCUGUCCCGAUGGUGAUUUCUUCGACUCUUUACGAAGUGGUCGUGCGAAUAUUAAAACGGAUACCAUUAAGAGCAUUACAUCAGAUGGAAUCGAACUAAAUUCCGGAGAUAAACUUGACGCUGAUAUCAUCGUCACUGCUACGGGUCUCUCCAUGCUCUUCGCUGGUGGGACUUCGUUCGUGAUUGACAGAGUCCCAUACGUCGCUUCGGAGAAGUUUGCGUGGCGUGGAAUGAUGCUCCAGGAUCUUCCGAACGCGGCAUAUCUCUUCGGAUAUACGAAUGCUUCGUGGACGCCUGGUGUGGAUGCGACUUCGGUGUUUUUUUGUCGUCUGUUAAAGGAGAUGAAGAGGCUUGGUAUGGCUGUUGCGGUUCCUAGGCUUGGUUUGAAGGAUGCGCAGGAUAUCAAACCCAGGAAAAUGUUUGGCUUGACUUCGACUUACGUGGCAAAGGCUGAAGGUAUUUUACCUAAAGCUGGUGAUCGCGCGCCCUGGUUACCUAGGGAGAGUUAUUUUCAGGAUUGGAAAUUUGCGAAAAGCGGCAGCUUGGAGGGGCUAGAGUUGGUUAGCGAGAAGGCUUAA